ACAGCCAGCGGAGGAGUGGAAGGUCUCUGUAAUAAAUACACAUGAAAGGAACUGAGGAAAAGGAGAAGACUGGCUGGAAAAACACAGCAGAGAGAGAGUCAUUCCUCCGUUUCAUCCUGCCACAACGAGCUCUGGAUGUUUAAAUUUGAAGUACUUGAUCUGUGAGCUUUUCGAUUCCAUUUUGAACCUCGUUGACAUGCUGCAUGUGUGGAUUCAUUGGUUUCCAGUGGAGACAGAAGGAGAUAACUGUACUGUAUCCCAGCCUAGCGGAUUGGAGUGAAAGUAGUCCGCCAUAUUCUGCUUUACCACGCCCGGCAGACGAGCCAUCGGAAAUAAAACGGACACCUUCAUUCCUGUUCUAUUUAUACGUUCACCAUUCUUGCGGACUGUACCGUUGAUAGAAAAGGAUAGUGUCAGUGCAUAAAUACAAACCAAGAAAGGGCGACUGAGCACGGAGGAGAGAAUGCUUCAGGACAUGUCUUUAAAAAUGAUCUGUUGAUCACACUGAGAAGGGAAAGAAGAUCACAUCCAUUUAAGACAGCACAGAGAUUCACACUAAAGUGCUCCGGACACUUUCAACUGUCAGAGAAGGCAAGUAGAAGCGGGGGGUGGGGGGGGAAAUCAUUUCUGAAGCAUACAUUUACCUCCCCCCCACACCGCCCCCAGUCCAUUAUAAGGGCGUCCACGCGUAUUUCACCACAAGUAGGCCUGCAUGAGGGCGUCCCUGUGCCUAUUCCCGGGCCUCUUUUUGUUUUUGGGACAAUCCUAACAUCUUGAUGAACUAGGUGGACAAACUAAAAGCGGUAAAACCCCUGUGUUUGGUGAUCAGAAUGACCCUGGAAUCCAUCAUGGCGUGUUGCCUCAGCGAAGAGGCGAAAGAAGCGCGACGGAUCAACGACGAGAUCGAGAGGCAGCUCCGCCGCGAUAAGAGGGACGCUCGCCGGGAACUCAAACUGUUGCUUCUCGGCACGGGAGAGAGCGGCAAGAGCACCUUCAUCAAGCAGAUGAGGAUCAUCCACGGCACGGGCUACUCUGAGGACGACAAGAGGAGCUUCACCAAGCUGGUCUUCCAGAACAUCUUCACCUCCAUGCAGUCCAUGAUCCGCGCCAUGGAGACGCUGAAGAUCCCCUACAAAUACGAACACAACAAGCCCUACGCCAACAUUGUAAAGGAGGUGGACGUAGAGAAGGUGUUUGCCUUGGAGAACCCCUACGUGGACGCCAUCAAGAGCUUGUGGAACGAUCCUGGCACCCUGGAGUGCUACGACAGAAGGCGGGAAUACCAGCUGUCCGACUCAACUAAAUACUACAUGAACGCGUUGGACCGUAUUGCCCAGCCGUGUUACCUUCCCACCCAGCAGGACGUGCUGAGGGUCCGGGUUCCCACCACAGGGAUCAUCGAGUACCCCUUCGACCUGCAGAGUGUCAUAUUCAGGAUGGUGGAUGUGGGAGGUCAGAGGUCAGAAAGGAGGAAGUGGAUCCACUGCUUUGAGAACGUCACCUCCAUCAUGUUCCUGGUGGCGCUCAGCGAGUACGACCAGGUCCUGGUUGAGUCUGACAACGAGAACCGCAUGGACGAGAGCAAGGCGUUGUUCAGGACCAUCAUCACGUACCCCUGGUUCCAGAACUCCUCGGUCAUCCUCUUCCUCAACAAGAAGGACCUGCUGGAGGAGAAGAUCAUGUACUCCCACCUGGUGGAUUACUUCCCCGAGUACGACGGUCCGCAGCGGGACGCGCCGGCGGGGCGGGAGUUCAUCCUGAAGAUGUUCGUGGACCUGAACCCCGACAGCGACAAGAUCAUCUACUCCCACUUCACCUGCGCCACGGACACGGAGAACAUCCGCUUUGUGUUUGCCGCCGUCAAGGACACCAUCCUGCAGCUCAACCUGAAGGAGUACAACCUGGUGUGAGCCGGCAGGGAGGGUCGCCCAUGAGGAGACAGGGACGAGAACAAGGGCACCGGGGGAAAAUGCCCCCCCCCCCCCCCCCCCACGACAACACACACUGACUGGACGCGGGGGAUAUGAUCCAAGAAAAGAAAGAGGAUUUUUCGGAGAUGCAAUGAAAAACGUCACAUGGUUCCCGUGGUUCUAAUUUAUUCGCCAUUUGUUGUCCCGCCUCCGCUUGACCCCUAAAGGAGGGGGGGGGGGGGUUAACCAAGCCAAUGUAAUGUAACUAUUUAAGGUGUUGAUGCUAAAUGCUAAGUAGGAGGGGGAGGAGAGAGACUGUAGGGCUGGGGAAGUUUAGACAGUAAUUAUUGUACAGCACACUAUAUUCAUUUGUGUCGUGUGU